UCGGUGUCGGUGUGCUAGAGUGUCUCUGCUCUGCUCGGUGUUCUCUGGCUUAUCGGCCUCGAAAUUGUGUCGACCACCGCACCGCGUGCUCUACGGUCAGACGUUCAGAAGGGAGUGUCUGCUCGUGUGCGCCUGUGUCUGUGAGUGUGUUCGUGAGGAGGUCCUUGAAGGGGUCAAGAAGAUUGAUGAAAAGUCUGUCAGACGUUACGCUAUGCAGCACGAAGGCGACGACGACGACAGACGAGAAGUGAGACAACAACCAAAGAAACACAUUACAAACCCCGUAAAACGGCUCUAGACAGCCCCCAGUCUGUCCGGGACGGUGACGACGACGACGACCACCUGCGGCCAUCAGUAGCCCUCCACGCACACCGGAAGUGGUGCGGAAGUGAUUUAUCUCAUCUGCAAGGACACUAGCGCUGCGAGCACACAGCACCGAGGCAGAGUGUGAAGUGAAGUGUGGACCAUUCCUCGCAGCAGCAGCAGCAUCCCUUGUGCCAUUACGUGGUGUGACCUCCUGGCGCGGUAGUGGUGACGACGUGCUACUGACCGCUGCAUUCCCGUUUUCCUUCGACUGUUCGUGAAUCUCAUUCCGUUUGCGUCGCGUUUCCAGAAUCUCUCGGUUUGAUGCGUGAAAGGUUCGUGCGGUCGUGUGCGUGUUUUAAGUGUUGUUUGUGUGCGGAAAAGGAGCAUCCAGGAGCUUAAGUGUGUACCCCUAGGAGGGGGAAGGGUGGAGUGAUUGUGUUCGGUGGGUGAGCGCGUGUCUGUGUGCGUGAGGUGUACGUGCGAUGGAAUUGAGCAACGGCGCCGUGAGCAGCAACCCUCCACGAACCAGUUUAUUGAGGGAAUAGCUCACCUUCUCGGCACCCAAGGGAGACAAGACACGUCAAAUUACCAUAGAGAGGGCUGCGAGACAGACAGAGAGGGAGAGAGAGAGUGAUAAAGAGAGACAUGUUAAUUAACGUCGGCAAAUCGGUAGAAUCAAUUACUUGCUAAGACCGGCUUACCAUCGGGCACCGGGGAGGCGGUGGCUCCUUGGUCCAAAUCGAAGGAAGUCGAGGACGGAAAUCACUGUUCCUGCGCUGGAUCCGGCGCUCUGAAAAGCCCCGGCGAUUGAUUAAUCGUUAACAAACAGCGGACUCCAGAGUAUCGCAUCACAAUGGCAUCCACCAUGACCACUUAUCGCCAUCUCUCGUUGGUCGCGCUGCUGGUGUUGUGCCUCGUAACGAGUCCAACCGAAAGCCGGUACCGGGAGAAGGACGCCAAGAAGGGUAAAGGAGCGACAGCGUCACAACAGCAGCAACAGCAUCACAAUAUGCCACCGAUGGUGAUUCCAUCGCCACUGAUGAACCUGUGCUCGGGCGAUCGAGAGAUGAAGCUGGUGUGCCACUGUUCACCGGACGAUCCGCACGUUAAGGCACAGAAAGCGAACUGUUGGAUCUUUAGCAAAGAGCUACCACGGAAGGACGCCAACUGGCUCGCUUUCCAGACGCAGUCAACGCUCGAGCAGCUCAAGAUUACGGUGCAGAAGAUCGGCAACCUGGCGUACAUACCGUCCGAUGUGCUGCACACGCUCAAGUACCUCCGGCAGCUGACGAUCGAGUACGGUGUGAUACCGGACCUGCAGAACUAUGCGUUCGGUAAUUUGACGGAACUGCGCAACGUGACGCUGCACAAGAACCAGAUCCGGUUGGUGCAUCCGUUUGCGUUCGCCAACCAUCCCCAUCUGGAGGAGAUAAAUCUCGAGAGGAAUGAGAUCCUCGAGCUGGACAAGGAAGCGCUGGUGCAUUUGCCCGCUCUGCGAAAGCUUAAUCUCGAUUUCAACAAUCUGACGAUGCUGCAUGACGAUGUGUUUGUGUUUUUGACGGGGCUGGAUGAGUUGAAGCUCGAAUCGAAUCAGAUCAGCGUACUGACGCGUGAGAUUUUUAAGGGUUUGGGUAAUCUACGGAUACUGAAGCUGACCGCCAACAGUCUCAGCUUCAUCGGUGAUACGAUCUUUGCGGAGUUGUGGAGUCUUCAGGAGCUCGAUCUUGACCACAACCAGAUAGAGAAACUGUCAGCCCGAGCGUUCGAUGGGCUGAACAAUCUGCGGAAGCUAAACCUCGAGAACAAUCGGUUGAAGCGGUUGGAACGGGGCAUCUUUACCGGCGUACCGGCGGUGCUUAACCUCAAUCUCAACUCCAAUCAGCUGGAAACGAUUACCUACAACAACUUCCUGCCACUGAUGGACAACCUCGUCAACAGUACGGCCAUUCUUCAUCUCAAAGACAACCGGUUCAUCUGCGACUGUCGACUGCUGUGGCUGUUCGAUCUGCGCAACAGCACGAAGAACGAUGUGCUGCGGCAGGCACUCCAGCAGAUCGAAUGUUUGCACGACUUUAAGGGAACUUCCCUCAUCUACGGUGGUCCAGUGCCACCGCCAGCACCACCGAACCAGCUGCUGCCGAACCAUCUAAAGGACUACGGUCGCGGCCCACCACACGAGCUGAUCAUCGACAAUGAUUACUACGACGAGACGGGUGGCCAUCAUCGGCCACCGAAGCCUAGUGUGACCAUUCAGAAAAAGUUCAGUUCGUCCCGAUCGGCAGGUGAUGGUGGAAGUGUGGCCGCUGCUGCCGGUGCUGGUGACAAGGCGACCGAAGCUGUUCUACAGACGGUGAAGCUGAUGAGCUUGCGAAAGGACACGAUCCUGCCUUGCCCCAAGGAGCUAGACGAACCGACCGAGCUGCCACUGUCCCGGGAAUCCAUCGGACUCGAUAUGGGUUGGCGAUCGUCGGUGACGGCCACGAGUGCCGCUGCCAGAUCGGACCGGUUUCCUGGCGGGAUGAUGCUACUCGGUCUAAUCUUUGGUAGUGUCCUUCCCCAGUUCACAUCCUACGUCCGAUCGCUGGCGGUAUGUUAGUGGUAUUCCGACGACAGGUGCUUCACCAGUGCUCUACACUCUAGUUCCGUUCGCAAAAUUUCAAGAUAAGAAGCUGACUCACUGAUUGUGUCCAAGACAAGGUAAACAUCCGCUAUUCCGUUACUAAACCGCGUUACCGUUAGGUUUCCAUUUGUUUCCUCAUCGUGAGCCACUGGAGCUGUUGAGAGUCUGUUGUGGAGGAGCACUAAUACUACUACUAAUACUACCAGACAAGCCGCCCGGGGGAUAUUUGAUCCUUUGGGGGCGAGUUGACGAUUGUAAAUAAUUAUCAUUUAUCAAUUACUGCGAUGGCUGAGGCUGAGGCCGAGGAAACAAAGGAAAUUCAAAGUAGAUAAAUAAAAAUCAUCUAGAGGGAAAAACGAAUUUACAAAAAACAAAACAAAACCAAACAUACAGAAUGGCACCCAGCAAACAAAAAUUAUGAUCGAGAUGUGCAUGUGUCGAACCCCACAAGUCCCUCCCACAAUUUACCGCUAAUUUAGGUGGUCACGCAGCUCACCAGAAGCGAGCCCCUCAGAGCACAUUGCGCUCUGUCCUGUAAAUAGACACAAGUAUUUGAGCGUAAAGGGGACGGGAACUACAGCACACAAAAAGCUCUUAGCACAAUGAAACUGUCCGAUUGACCAGAUGUGUGGCAUGCCACGCACGCACACAUACACAAAGACCCCGUCCUUCGAACAACUACUCGAUGUAAAUAUCCAACACGAACGCGAACUGACCUGGCGGAUCGAAGGGAUGCAAUCCACUCUAUCCACGUUGUCCACUCAAUCAUUCAUGCGCUCCGUACAUCAUUGUCCAACCAACCAUCUAGCGAAUGACGACACCUCCGGUGGAACCUUCUGUGAGUGGUGUUAAGCUGUUGGUGCAACCAUUUUACAAUCCAACUGAAAGCCAAGCCGGAGAAGGAUUUGUCACUGGGCUCACUCGCGUCCCCCUGGAGCUAGCUGGAAAUGUGAUUAUCAGAAAGUAGAAGGAGCGUAAACAGGGACUCUGGGACGUUUUUUUUAUCGUCCACCAGUAAACUGGCAAAUGGUUUAUGCUUCUCCAGCAUCGCUCUCUCUCUCUCUUCUGCUCCUUUCAGCUGAUGCAUUAGCAUUCCAGCUUGUAGCCAUUUCGCUGUUUAACAUCAUUUUACAUUUUCUCGCUCUCUCCCUUUCCCUCACUCCAACCCCUUUUUGAGGGCCCUCGGUACCGUUGACAAGGGUGCCACAAGAAACAACCACCCGGCCCAGGGGCGUUCCUUGUGGCUUGUACUGAGAGAACUUUUGAUUUCCGAGCAAAUCGUUAGCUAAGCUAUUUGAUUAAUUAAACACACAUGCCACCAGUGAGCGACACUCUCGCAGUUACUUCGCACGAAAUGGAGCUCCCGAAAUGGGUUACCCGGAAGUGCCUCUUUGGCAGCUCAUCAACCCCUGUCCCAACCCCAGAUGAGGGGGUUCGCGACAUGAAAUUAACUUUUUCCCUGCAUCCCCCGUCCUUAUGGCCGUUAACCCAUGUUCACUGCUCCGGUACUCAUGCUCUGACGUGCUGCUGUUGCUGGAGCUAGGGAUGGAGCUGGAAAACAUCCAUUUCCACCCCUGCCGACGGGGGGAGAGGGGGGACCGACAACGAAUCAUGUCAUCAAAAACCGUAAUUUACAUGCUCGCGCCCGGUGACGACCCAAAAGUGGCGCACACCAUUAUGUGCACCGUCGACACCGUCGGCGCUUGCCCCACGGAAAUCCGGACGAGUCCGGGGCGUAUGCAACAACACACACCAGUCCCCCUUGCUGCUGGUCGUAGUGAAUGAUCGCGGAGCCUUCAUCGUGUAGGCGCUACCAUAAUAAAAAAAAAAAAACUGGAGCCCCCCCGGAUCCGGUGCCUGGGCGAAAGAAGGCCCAAGAAAACGGGCCCAGCCACCCCUCGGCAUGUUCAACAGACUUCCGGAAGGCAGCCGGUUGCGCUCGCUCGCUGUUAAUAAAAUAACGAAGUACGUAAGCGCGCACACGUUUAACUGCAUCGUAAAAAGUGUAAAACGAGAAAACAUAAACCAACCACCCAGCACCCCUUCAUCCCCUGGUAGAGUUCUUCCUUUUCCCAGUUUGCUAGACGCGCGGCAAAGACUGAAGACCGAAACGUUGGGCGCCUUGGUGGCCAGCGAUUGCAUAAAGCAGAUGAAAAGGCUUGCACGCUCGAUGUGAACACCGUGUUGAAGGCACGGGUGAAUGUGUGCGCCUGGAGUCACCCUCAAACCACCUCCUUGGUUAUGUGAUCGAUACUUAUUUGGAAGCAUCUCCAUUUGCGUGUGCGAAAGUGAGUGUUAAUCUAAAGAAGCAAAAGAGAGAGAGAGAGAAGAGGAGGGCACCCUGGGAGUGUCUUCAUUAGCGAGACGUUCCUCCAUCCGUUUCCUUCCUGCGCUGGCUGGUGUGAAUCUGCGGGCCUCGGCAAAAAGUACCGGAAAGAAAAUUAAUAUUUAAUGUACGCCACGCACCCUAGCGGCAGGAUGUUACUCUCGCUGCUGCUGCUGCUGCUGAUGCUGCGGAACUUGGGAACUUGAACGAACUUUUGCCAGCCAAGUCGAGGCCUAGAAGAGCAAAAGAAAGAAAGAGAGAGAGAGAGAGAGAGAGAGAGAGAGAGAGAGAGAGGAGAAAAAGGAGAUAAGGAAAUGGCCUGGUGGGGGGAAAGGUGGCACCACAAUCAACCGCGUGCGUGGUGGUGCAUUUCCCGCUGGGAAAAUGGGAAGUUGAUUUGCCCGUUUCCGGUUUUAGGAUACACAAUCAAGUUAAGGGCGCAUCCCGCGCGUUCUGAUUCCCUUCGGUGUGGCCCCAGUGUGCGCGAGGCACUAAAAAUUCACCACCUCUCCCUUCCUUUCCCUGUUUAUUCCGCAGCCCUGUUUUCCAGGCGCGCAGCAGUCUUUGGGACCGCUCGGCGUAAUUGCUUCAACAGCCCGAGACCGAGACCGAGAAGUAGACGAUCGAGUAAAAACGAAUGAAAAGAAAAUACCGGAGGAGUAAGAGAGACAGAGAGAGAGAAUGAGAGGAAUGGAUGGCAGUGGCAGUGAACAUAAAACUAGCGCACCCAAUUAGUAGUCGAGAGUGUAAUCUGCGUAAUUGAGUGUAAUCACAUUACGCCAGGGAGUUUGCCUGCCAGCCAGCCAGCCAUCCGGCCAUCCGACCAUGCCAGUAACGCGGAACCGAACCUAAGCCCUCGGACUAUUGGCAGACGAUUGGCGUUGUUCCUUGCGCCGGUGCGGUCUGAGAUCGGUUUCGGUUUUCUUUUCGGGCUGCCACGGGAAACUUUUCCCAGCCCAGACUUGGGCAACAGGGAUUUCCAAGGGGUGGUGAGGGAACCUAGGGAGACCUCCCAAAGUUCAAGUAACGAAGAUUUACGAGCCCUAAGGUCGCCUCGAACCGGGAGGUGAAUCUCACGCUCUCUAUCUCGCCGUGGCUCCAUUUUACUUUCUGUGUGUCCUUGGGAGUGGACCGGAUGCGGCUGGGAUUCUUGGCAGUGUGUGAUGAUGAAUAUGGUUCCAUGAGAGAGACCCUCCGCCGAAAUGGGAAACCCGGCGAACCGACAAUUCCAGAUCGAAACCGGAUCGAAGGUCGUCCGGUCGGUCGGGAUGAUAUAUAAUUAAAGGACAUUCUUGCCAGAUGGUCGAAGUGUAUGUGUGUGCGUGCGCGUGUAGGUGUGUCAGCAUCUUCACAGAGUUUAUAAGAUUAUCAAAAAAACAGGCAACAAAAUGGAAAACCAGCCUCCACGUCCAUCAUUUUCCCUAGUCCGCUCGUCGCUUUAAGAAUCUCGUACCACAACCACCAAGCUUUCUCUUCUGUACAUACUGUAUAAAUGUGAUUCUAGAUGUGCGCCCCAAUACCCCGCCUCCGCACCCAGUAAUAUGCCAUCCCCUCGGCCCAUUUAGAGAAGAUCCUCGGUUAAAGAAAAAUGAGAAAAUCUUCGGUUAAAGAUAGGUAACAGCCGGGGAGGGGAAGCAUGGCACUAGAACGAUCGAUCGAUCGAAGAUUGGAGCUUACAACCGAUCGGCUGCUGCAGGUUGGUGCGCUAAGGCAGGCCAACAGAACUUACAGAGAACAGAGAACAUCAACCAAACACCUUCGUUCCACCAUUAUGUCCUCGAAGAAAAAUAAGAAACACAAACAAUCGAAUUACACAUUCACACACGGGGAGAAAUCGUGCUCGCGAUAAGGUGCGGUGGGCUAAGAGGGGGAAUCAGAAAUUCAUCAACCGAGAAGCCUGCUGGAUCGAUUCAGAGGGCUCGCGAAUCCCGAUUCUAGGACCUUCUCCUCGUAAAAAAACUCAUUUCCCCGAUGAGCCAUUAACAAAGAAAAUUAAUGAAAAUACGCGCCAAAGAUUUAUGUGAAGAUAAAACAGAGAGAGAGAGAGAGAGAGAGAGAGAGAGAGAGAGAGAGACCGAGAGAGAGAGAUAAAAAGAGAAAGAAUGAUGUCACAAUCACACAAGCAGCCAUAUGAGAAAAAUAAAUCGUAACUGCGACAAGUAGGCCAUGGCACAGGAUCGUAGGCGAAGGCACAACAUGGCGGUCAUGGUGGUCUGGAAAUGAACUUGUACAUUUUUUUAUGCUUCAAAGAUGUCCUUAAUUCGAGUAAGUUUAGUACACUAACGGAAC